GUGGCUUUGCGAUAGUGUUUCUUGUGAGGACUAACAAUGGGAUGAAAUGUGCCCUGAAGCGGAUGUACGUCAAUAACGAGUAUGACUUGCAAGUCUGCAAAAGAGAAAUCCAAAUCAUGAGGGACCUCUCUGGCCACAAGAACAUUGUCGGAUACAUUGAUUCCAGUAUAAACUCAGUAAGCAGCGGCGAUGUCUGGGAAGUGCUGAUACUAAUGGACUUCUGUCGAGGAGGUCAAGUGGUGAACCUCAUGAACCAACGUCUGCAGACGGGGUUCACGGAGAACGAGGUUCUGCAGAUCUUCUGCGACACCUGCGAAGCCGUAGCCAGGUUGCAUCAGUGCAAAACGCCAAUAAUCCACAGGGAUUUGAAGGUUGAAAACAUCCUGCUGCAUGAUCGUGGCCACUAUGUCCUGUGCGACUUUGGAAGCGCUACUAACAAAUUCCAGAACCCUCAAACAGAAGGGGUGAACGCGGUAGAGGAGGAGAUCAAAAAGUACACUACGUUAUCCUACAGAGCACCAGAAAUGGUCAACCUGUACAGUGGCAAACUUAUUACUACAAAAGCAGACAUAUGGGCCCUUGGCUGUUUACUCUACAAGCUGUGUUACUUCACCUUGCCAUUCGGGGAGAGUCAGGUGGCAAUCUGUGAUGGCAAUUUCACCAUUCCCGACAACUCUCGGCACUCGCAAGACAUGCACUGCCUCAUCCGGUAUAUGCUUGAGCCAGACCCUGAUAAGAGACCCGAUAUCUAUCAGGUCUCCUACUUUGCAUUCAAAUUGGCAAAGAAGGAAUGCCCGGUCCAGAACGUCCAGAACUCUCCGAUCCCUGCUAAGCUCCCGGACCCAGUCAAAGCAAGCGAGGCUGCUGCGAAGAAGAGUCAACCAAAGGCCAGGCUGACCGAUCCCAUCCCUACAACAGAAACUUCCAUAGCCCCCCGCCAGAGACCUAAAGCAGGGCAGACACAACCCAACCCUGGGAUUUUACCCAUUCAGCCAGCCCUGACGCCAAGGAAGAGACCCACGGCUCAAGCAGCCAUUCAGCCACAAGGCCCUGCUGCCCUGGGCAGUGGUCAGCCUUCGCUCUCUGCAAGCGUCCCCCAGCCAAAAGCAACACCUCAGCAGACUCCGGCCCAGCCACAAGCCAAGCAGGCACCAGCUCCGCAGCAGGCCUCGCAAGCGCAGCCCCCGGUCCCUUCUACUCAGCCACAAGCCACACCUCAGCAUCAGCAGCAGCUUUUCUUGAAGCAGCAGCUCCUGCAGCAGCAGCAGCAGGCCGCCUAUUACCAGCAGCAGCAGAUGAUGCAAGCUCAGCAGUUCUCAGCUGCGCAACAAGUGGCUCAACCGGUUGUUUCCCAGUUCCCAGUGAUGCAGCAAGGAGCGCCAGCGCAGCAGCAGCUGAUGCAGAACUAUUACCAGCAGCAGCA